GGUAGCCAAAAUGCUCUUUUUCCAAACUAGGUCUUUUUUUUGCAAGUGUCUGUCUAAAAUGAUACAAAACCCUAGUACAUAUAGCCUAACAUACGGCUAGGGACUUAAGUUGCAAAUAAUAGAUCUUCUGGGAAAUGAAAUCUUUUAAUUCGCAAUCUCAUUCGUGUGACUGGGCAUCGAUCGAUGCACAUGUAUGUUUGUCGAUCGAUGGUAAGUGAUUAUGAUCGACCGAUGUUGCUCUUCAAGCGUCGAUCGAUUUUCCUUGCGUAAAAGCAUUCUAAAAUGUCCCAAAAGUAUCAUUUCCUUCCAUCAGGUGAAUAAACCUGUAAUUGCUUUGAAAAGACUCUAAAACAUGAUUAAUACAUCUUAGAAAGUUUCUAUACCAUGUAUAAAAACGGGUGAAAAUCAUGGUAUAUCAGUUGGCAUGUAUGUGUGAAAGUGUACGUUGGUUCAUAUAGGUGAUGACCAUGAUCUACUAAAACAAUUAGAAUUUAAAACAUUGAAAAGAAGGACACAAUGAUGUAGUUCAUUUAAAGGAGAAAAACAACAAAUAAUCUUAUAGGACAACAUAGCUCAAAACAGCUUAACACUGAUUAAAUAGUUCUUCAUACAAUCAAACAUACACUGAUAAAGUUGUUUCUAGUCUAGGUGUGUCGACAAAAAAGAUGUGGACUGGGGAGUUGGGGAUGGAUGAGUUGUGGACAGGGGAUGUGUGUACGUGGAUGCCUUCAACAAAGGCGUGGAUGGGAAUACUGUGGAAGACAUAUAUGUGGAGUUGAGCAGCAUAUUGAAGACCGGUAACUGUCCAAACUCAUCUCAAAACUCCUUUGCAAUGCCCUUAAUUUUGAAUUCCCAUAUCACAUACUGCCCAUCCGCACCUCAAUUAUACAUAGCCUAUCUUAAUUUUACUAGCCAAAAAGAGCCUUAGUGAUUGAAAGCAACACACUAUGAUCCUAAAUAAUCCAAUUUUAUCAGAUCCAAAUCAGAAUUUACCUGGUGGUCGAAACAGAUGCGAGAACCAUCUUUUUCAUAUCAUCUAGCUUCCAAGCAAGCUUGAAGAUCCAAUCAGCGUCUGCGAAGGCCAUCAUGUGGACUAGCACUGAUAACGAAACCACCCAGUUGAAGUAGCCACCGCAAGCCUUCUUCACGAACUCGAAGUCGCAACGGCGAGAGAAACAUGGCGAACCUCUUUUUCUUCUGUUGUUGGUUGUUACCUGAAAAUAUCGAAAGAACACAAAAAUCAACUUUGACAAAAUGUAAAAACAAUGAAAUCAUGUUAGGUUUUGAAAAGGGAACCAAAUCCCUAAAAAAAACAAAGAACGAACCAAAAUCGGUAUUCUUGGGGUUUGAAUCGAGAAUAUGAAACUCAGACAAAGAAGGUGUAAGCUUUUGAAAAAAUCAAAACUUCACAUCACAAUUUUAAACAUGUAUGAGAGGCUUAUAUACCUAGAUCCGGACAAAGAAGGUGUAGAUUUGGAAGAAACAAACCUUGCAUGUCUUGAACUCGAAGACAGAGACGAUGUGAUUCAGAAUAGAGAGACAGUGUGAUUCGGAAGACGGAGAAGGUCGGUGUGUUUCAGAAUAGAAACUGCAAGAAGAGAGUAUGAAGAACGAUUAAUGAGAAUCUAGGAUUUCUGAACGAUAACGGUUCUCAGUUAGCUUUAAGGUGAUUUUACAAAGCGUUUGGCCGGCCAAACCUUGCUCGAAAUCUUACAAGAAAUUGAAAAUUAUCGUUUUUAGUUAAGUCAUCUGCACCGUGACUUAACUGAAUCCCGCGAAUACAUGUCUUAUCAGGACAUGACAUAUCCGAUAUCAGGCACACGUGGCAGUACGCUGUUAGUUGCUUGGUGCAUUCCAUGGUGUCAGAUCGUUAGCAUCGCGGGAGCGAGGAAGUAAACAUAACCUGGCAAUCCUGUUUGCUUUGACAAAGAGCAUUACUCCGCGAGGAGAGUGUUUUUUUAUAGCUAGAUCGGUUAAGGAUGCCUACGUACCUCCGAAGAGGAGUAAGCCAUUCGUAGUUCCUUUUCUCCGAGUAAAAGUGGCAAGCAAUACACAUUUACUCGGGGUUUUUUGGGUGAGUAAAAGUGACAGUAUGUCGUUUACUUGAGUUUGGAAUUUCGCCGGGUAAAAAUGAUGUAUGGUCAUCUACUCGGGAUUUCGUACUCUUCAAGAAUAGUAUCGUUUAAGACGCAUGAAAUUCCAUGCUCUUGGGACGGCCUCACCAGUGAAUGUCUCGAAUUGGUAAACUUUGGGCUUGAUUACUUGAGCAAUCUUGUAUGGACCCUCCCAAUUAGUCCCGGUAUUUGCAGCUUUCAACUCCUUAGUGUUUUCGAACACUUUAUGCAGCACAAUAUUGCCCGAUUAGAGAGGUCGAGAUUUAACCUUUUUGUUGUAGUAACUCUCAAUCUGGUGCUGAUAGUUCAGGAUACGGAGUAGUGCCUGGUCACGUUUUUCCUCGAUACCGCCUAACGCGUCAAGUCGCAUGUCGCUGUUUAGUUCGACGUUCUGAGGCAUCCUGGAUGUUUGUAGACUUGUCACAUUUACUUCAGCUGGGGCCAUUGCUUCGACCCUGUUAGCCAACGAGAACGGAGUUGCUUUUGGUGCUCCCUGUGGGGUCAUUCGAUGCGACCAUAAGACACCAUCCAAUUCGUCGGCUCAACAACCCUUCUUUUUUUUUUUUUUUUUUUUUUUGUAAAGCAAAAUUCAUUUCUUAACUUAGGAUUGGUACAUUAAACAGAGAGCUUGUCUGGCCACAAGGUCAGCUCUAUUAAUAACUAGUCUAGGGAUAAAUUUAAAUUCAACAGCAGUAAAUAGAGCAGAUAGAAGGUUGAGAAGAACAGCGAUCUCUAAAUGUCUUCCUCUUGAAUUCACAAGGUUAGUGAGAAUCUGAGAGUCUGAAAAAAUCAAGAGAGCGUUAAUCCCACACUGAAGAGCAGAGAUCAUGGCGUUUCGUAACGCCAAAGUUUCCGCAGCAAGAGGCGAUGCCACAGAGGAGGCAGUCGCUGAAAAAAGUCUUUUCCUGGAAAGGAAGAAAGACAAAAGUGAUCUCUUCCAUAAUGGGAAGGAGGAUGAAUGUGAUCUCUCCCAGGCUAAGGAGGAAGUUGUUGAAGCCUUUUGGCAUAACACCAAGUGAAAUAUACCCUUAAUGGCAUGAUUAUCGUUUUGUUAAAUGCAUCCGCUUGUCCGUUGCUUUGAGGGCAUCUUGGGCUUGUUGUGUUCAGGUGGAUUCUCCAUCUCUCGCAGAAUUAUCGGAAUUUUUCGAUAUGAACUAUGAUCAGUUGUCAGUGACUAUCUCGUAGGUUAAUCCUUGACGACAUAUGAUAUUCUUCUACACGAACUUUUGGACUUUGUCGGUGACAUUAGCAAAAGCCUCCGCUUCGACCCAUUUUGUGAACUAGUUGGCCAAGACUAGGACAAAGCAUUUUUGUUGGGAGUUUGGCAUAGACCCAAUAAUAUCCAUCCCCCAUCGCAUGAAAUGGUAACGAUCCGUCUUCGUCCGUAAGAGUUCUGUCGAGCUUAUGCUUCGCAGUCUGCGUUCAUUGUUCGCCAAUAAAAGCCGAGGCUUUUGACUUUUAAGGCUAGGGCUCGUACUUCAGAUUGAUUUCUAGUGGCGCCUUCCAGUGUUUUAGCCAUGUCGAGUCGUGUCUCUUCACCGUGGAUACACCUGAUAUACCAUAGAUUUUACUCACUUUUAGCCAUGCUAUAUAGGUGUUUUUAGAUACAUUAUAGUUGUUUUGGAGUCUUUUUAUAUUGUUUUCAGGUUUUGGAGUGAUUCGGAGAUAAAAUGAGAAAGAUCUGUAGCUGACCAUCGAACCAGUCCAACAGUCGACGAUUGAAGAUGAUAAUCGAUCGACACACACCUUGUGUCGUCGAUCGACAGCGAAGCGCGCAAAGACCAGACUUGGUUCCAGUCGACUUAAAGCCCUAGUCCCACAAGAAUUACCAAAUUGAGCUUGACGAGUUUUAACCUAAUAUUUAUGUGCUCUGCCAUUGUUAUAGGCAACACACUUUCAUACUUUCUUACACAUCAAAAUAUUAGGUUUGGAGAGAAGAUCCAAGACUCCUUCAGAUUUUUGUAUUGGAACACCAAAUUUUUCUACUCCUAUUUAUUCUUUGCAUUUUUAUUACUAUCUUAUUAUGAAUUGCUUAGCUAUGUCUGAGUAGUUCUCUUUGUUAGAUUUAGGGUUCAGAUAAUCUUGAGGGAUUAGCCCAAAAUAUAGAAUUACUAAUUUUUUAGGAUAUCAAUCAAUUGAACUAUUUUUUAAUGCUUAUAUUCUAGAGUAGCUAACUAGGACCUUGCCUAUAGAUAAUUGGGGCGCAAGCGGAAGCAUGGUCCUUUGUCUGAUCUAGUUUACAUUGUGCUAGGAUUGCUAGAAACAAGCGACAACUGAUUUAGUUUAACCUUGUGAACAAGUCAACCUGUGUGGUAAAUCUUGCUAGAUGCAUCGAUCGACGGGCUGAAAGGUGUAUCGAUCGACAAUCCAUAAUUGGUAUCGAUCGAGACAUUCUCAACCAACAAACGACAGCUGAGGUCUUAGAUGUAGACAAUAUAUAGUCUAAAAAUACGGAAGUUCAUCGACUAUUCUUUAGUUUCAGUUCUAGAAUUUCCAACUUACACUUAGUCUCUAUACCUCUAUAACCCUUAUCGUCUGAAUAGAAAUCCUAAUUCUAACACCUGUCAUAUCUUUUUAAAAACCUCAAUUAAACAACUAAGAAACUGCCUUGCUCACCACUGCUUUUUACUUUACACAUGUUUGCCUAGUUUAACCACAUAACUAUUAGAUCUUUUCUGUGCCUUAUCUCCCCGUGAAUUCGAUCUCUAAGUACUAUAACUCGACCUCUUAUUUAAGAGAGUAAAUCAUUCCUUAGGGUAAUUUUGGUGAUAUCAACACCUGAGGAGGACAUUUGUUGUGGUCCAUCAGGGAAAAUUGCCAUCCAUGACGACAUAAUGGGGACUCCGCGUUUUUAGUCGGCGCACAGCCCAUUUCUCGAGAGGCAGUUUGCCGUCUGCAAGAUAGUCUAUGAACUCUGUUCUCCAAUCUGGGGUUGGUUUUUCAGUUUUUUCUGUCACCAAGUCUUCUUCAAUAGAUGUUGCUUCAGUUACGGUAGCCACGAUGAGGUUUUUCUCGGUCAAGAGAUCGAUGCUAGGUUUUUCGAUCAUAUGUAUUAGAAUCGUGCGCUUGACUAGAUCGCGGAGUUUGCUUCCUAAUGCCGCGAGGAUGUCGGCGCAUACGUUCUAUUCUCAGGGAACUCUUGUGAGUUGGAAGAUCUCAAAGUCCCUUGAGAGUCCUUGGACGAGCUUAAACAAAAUAUGCCUCCAAUCAUGAGCAACAGUAGGUUUCAAUGUUCCACUAAAAAACUCCAAAAUCCUUAUACUUCAUCUGUCCAAUUAUCCUGAUAAAUGUCUCAACAUACUUGAGAACCGGCACACUGGAAAGGCAGGUGGCGGUGGUGGGCUCUUAAGAACCCACGGAAUCUGCUGAACGAGGGGCUGCUGACCAGGAAUCUGGUGGUUCCCCUGAACCCUAACCGGCGCGGCCUGCUGCACAUGAAUCUGCGGACCAUGCUGCACCUGAAUCUGAGGACCACACGGAAUCUGCUGCUGAGCUGCACCCAUCUGCCUAGAAACUUCCUGAGCAGCUACUCUAGGAGCCUCCUCAGAAUCUUGCAUAGCUGCCUCCUGAGCAAUCUGCUUGACUGCCUCAUGAGCAGCCUGCCUAGUCGCAUCCUGCACCAUCUGCUUCAGGGCAUCCUGAUCGAUUGGUGGAACCGCUUGCGGCGGAACCGGGGGCGGCACAUGCUCAUCCCCAUCCUCUCAGGCAGCUCUGGCGGUCUAAGCACGAACAACUCUCCUCUUUGGCGGAAUUUGAAAGGAAAAGGAGAAAGAUUAACUUCUGCUGAAACUGAAUACAAAUAUUGUAAGAAAUUUUACUAAAUAAAUGUCGAAUAAAAUAAUAAAUUAUAAUCAUGAUAUCUCCAUUUACUAAUCUUCAUCAAUCAUCUUCAAACACCAUAACUUCAAAUCUAUAUAAUUUAAUCCGAAUAAAUGUCAAUAAAACCAAACCGGAAGUCUAAAAAAAAAAAAAAGGAAAACCGCCUAAAAUCACUGAUCCAAUAACAAUCACUGCUCGUAAAUCUAACCUUAGCCACUGGCUGGAAUGAUCAACAGAAGAUGGUCAACUGAGGUAAAUAGAAAACUUAACAGAAAAUCGCCAGAAAAUCUCAACGAAAUAUUCACUUGGUGACCGAUCGUCGGAUAAUUUAACAUCAACUCGUCACGUGCAAAGAAAUAAUCUGACUUGAUGAGAAUAAAGAGAAGGGGUUGAGUUUCUUAUAUAGGGGAAGGAGAGGGAGGUUGAUUUUCUAAACUUCCAAAGUGGGACAAAGUAAAAGAGUUAUGAGUUUUAAUUUUUAAAACAAAUAGGCCAUCCCUUUUGGGUCACGGUUGUUAAAGGGUGAAGUUUUGGGUUCGAGGAACGUCAUGCGCACUAAUAACAUUCCUGGGAGCUCACAUGUGAAGGGUUAGGAUCCGUGCUCUGCAGGGUCAACCUAGGUCCACGGGACGGGUUGUUACAUAUACUUGGGAUAUUAUUGGUACUUAGUUCACAGUAGCAGUCGAGAAUUUCUUCAUCAAAGGGUUUUCUCUCAAGAAGAAUCAACUCUACAAUCUUGGCAUUGAUUAAAAAAAAAUUGUGCUGCGAUAUGUGAUAUCUUUUGCAGUGUUGUUCAUAAGCUGAUCUCAAAUCUCAUCGCCAAUAGGCUAAAACUUAUUAUUCCCUAGUUUAUUGCAGCGAAUCAGUAAUCUUUUGCCAGUAAGAGGCUCUUGAUUGAAAAACUUCUACUGGCUACUGCAGCUGUGCAAGAUUAGCACAAAGAGAAUAUAUCAUAUUGGUGUGUCAUUAAGGUCGAUAUCUUAAAGGCGUUUGACCAUGUUCAAUGGAAUUUUCUCAUCAAUAUUCUUACAUCAAUGAUCUUUUCCCAACCUUUUAUUCAUUGGAUCUCCUUGUGCAUAUCUACGACAUCAUUAACUGUUCAAAUCAAUGGUGAGCUAUCAGGUUAUUGUCAAAGUAAGAGAGGACUACAACAUGGAUAUUCGCUUUUACCUUACCUAUUUUUUCAUUGUGAUGGAUGUCCUCUCUAGACUAUUGGAUAAGGCAGAGAGUGUUCAAGGAUUUGGUUAUCAUCCUCGCUCUGAGAAUCUGAGUCUAACACCUUAAAUUUCACAGAUUAUUUGAUGGUCUUAACUGAUGGGAAAGUAAUCAGUUAUCUAAGGCCUCAGGACUUCAAAUAAGCAUGGAAAAGUUGACCAAUUAUCUUGUAGGAACCACAGAGGGGUUCGUCCUGAAAGCGAAAAUAGGUUUCUAUUUCAUGCUGGCCAGCUUCGAGUGUGCUAAAUGAAACAAUCAUGAAAGGCAUAGAAUCAUAGAAAAUUGAUUGUUAUCAUAUGCAUGCAGACUUGAACUCAUUGGCUCAGUCCUUUGGAAUAUCUAGAUAUUGAUUUUCUUGUUUUUUUGUCACCGUAAUGCUUUCAUUAGUGAAAUCAACAAGCUCUGCUCUGCAUUUUUAUGGUAUUUUAGCGAAUUGAAUCCUAGGAAAUCUAAAUGGAUUCAGAAGAAGUUUGUGGUCCAAAAGAAGAAGGAGGUCUUGGCGUUCCCUCGCUCAAUGAAAUGAAGAAUGUUUCUCUUCUCAAGCUCUUUAGGCAAGUGGUAUCACCAUCGAACAACAGCUCUGGUUACUACAGCACACAUAUGGAGAGAAUGUGGUUUUGUGGAGAAGAGGUAUGUAAGGCACGGUUCGUCACCUGAAAUUGGAAUCAUAUAAAGGUUACUUGGCAUACAAGUCUCAGGUUCAAUCACGUGACACCAAAAUUCCGAUUCUGCACUUGGCCAGCAUGCUCUUAAUCAUAUAAAUACGGGAGAUCGGAUGACUGCUGGACCGUGGGAAUUGAUGGGAGAUUUGUACUCUGUCACCAGCAUUUGGAUACAUCGUAUUACUCAAACAUCUCAAGCGGUGGAUGAGAAUUGUAUAGGAAAACUUUUUAUAUAUGUUAUGAUUCUUUGAUACCGGAUUGUUUCUCUCACAUGCCUAUGCUAGCCUCGACAUUAGAACAAACUACAGACAAUAGACUGAAACAAAACCAAGUGCUUCUUCAAAAGGAAAAAAAAAACUGCUCAAGAGAAUGGAUAAGACCAUAACAUAUUGUACAAUCUGAGUUAUGGAGUGUUGUUUUGUAAUCGAAUAUUUACUUUAAGCUGGUUUUGUGAUGGACACACGGGAAAGACAAGGUCGCCAAAUCCUAGGUUUGGGUAAGUAUCUUGUAGGUCCGAAAUGACUAUCGAUUCUAGACAACCUCUUCAAAACAUGUGUGUCUUCUGCCAAGCUCGGCUAGUCAAAGUUAUAAUGCCUCAUACUACAGUAUAAACUCUUUAAAUUAAUUUUAUAUAAAUUAAUAUACACUAAAAAUCUUUAUAAAAUAAUAUAAUUUUAUAAUUCCAAAUUGAGUAUUUGGUUCAAUUAGUAUAUCGAUAAAUUAAUAUCUCUGUAAAUUAAUAAAAAAAUUAUAGUUUUGGCGUAGUCCCAACAUUAUUAAUUUAUAGAGGUUUCACUGUAGUUGGAAACGAGCUUGAGCUUGACUAUAUAUUAGACGUGUUUUUAAAACAAUAUAAUAGAUGUGCUACUUGAUUGAUAUCAACACACUGACAAACAAGAUCAAGAAAAGGAUGUCAAAACACAUUACAAGUCUAUUGCUUGGCUGUCCUAUUUUUAUAAUUCUCCCCAUCAUGAUCAAGUUUCAAGUGUGUCCAGAAAUAGAAAAAUGUCCAAACCUUCUAAAGAAAAUAUAGCAAAUUACUAAAAAUAAACAUUUAAACAAAACAAAAGAUAUCAUAAACACUGUUUUGGGAGCACAACGGAUUUUUGAUGUGUUGUCAUUUUUCUUCUCAUCUCCGAGAAGGAAUGUCCGGAGAUGGGAAGAAACACAUGGUGUUGGUUUAUGAACAACAAUAUAAGACACAUCAAAACUUUGACAAGGUAUGAAGUUAAAGAAGAAGAAGCUGCAUUGAUCUUCCCAAAAGAUCCUCCAUGGUUCAAGGCAUGGAUGGUUCCAGUGAUAAUGGUUUUUGUUUUCUUUAUCGUCGCUAUUGUAGGAAUUUGUCGACGUUGUCGAAAUUGUCGCCGUGGUGAAAAUUCUCCCAGCAUCCAUCCUAUCUCGCAGACCACAUAAUUUGUUUAGAUUUCUUUUCUUAUCAAAUGUAAAUUCUUUUCUGGUGCAAUGUGAAUUCUACAGUUUCACUAUAUAUUUUCUGAUAACUUUGGUCUAAUGAAAGAUAAAACGGAGAUUUAACAAAAUAGAAUGAAAAAACACAUUAUUUGUCUUCAUGAUAGAAAACUAACCUUAGUUUGUCCGUAAGUACAAAUUUUCUCAUAAUUCCAAAAUUAACCUUUGAUUAAUCAAAUAAAAUAUAAUUUAAAGUAGUUUCAAUAUUAGAAACAUAUUAGGAAUAAAAAGAAAUAAAAAUUUAAAAUAAGUUUUGGUAGAAAUUUAAAAUAAAAAAGAAAAGCAAGAAAAUCCUCAAAAUUAACCCUUGAUAAUAUAUUAUUCAUCAUAGAAGAAGAGUUAAUGAAAA